UUGGAGCUCAGCGGGCCGGAACUCGGGAGUUGGGGCUCCCCAGCCACACCCCUCGCGGGAUUUAAAGGGGCAGGAGGGGCUGGGUCCAGCCAAAGCCUGAACCAAGGGAGCGGGCAUGAGGCGCUGCCCGUGCCGGGGGAGCCUGAACGAGGCCGAGGCCGGGGCGCUGCCGGGAGCGGCCCGCAUGGGACUGGAGGCGCCGCGAGGGGGGCGGCGGCGGCAGCCAGGGCAGCAGCGACCUGGGCCCGGCGCUGGGGGCCCGGCGGGGCGGCCGGAGGGGGGCGGGUCCCUGGCCCGGACCAAAGCGUCCUGCCUUCACACCGAGCGCGAGAGGGCCGGCUUCGGGCCUGAGCCCAGGACAGAUGGCCAGGCUGAGCCUGAAGCAGCUGGCCUCGGAACCGAGACGGAGCGGCCCAGCCAAAAUACGGAGCCAGAUAGGUUCAGCCUCUGGGCACAUCCAGAAAGGAGCAGCCACUGGUCAGAGCUGGAGACAGCCGAUCCCUGGACGGAGACUGAGACAGAUGGAUUUUGGACUGAUUCACGCGGGUCCGACCUCCAGCCUCAGCCAGAAAGGGCCAGCCUUUGGACACAACCCGGCGUUGAUGGGCCCUGGACAGAGCUAGAAAUACAUGGGUCACAGACCCAGCCAGAGAGGGCCAAGCCUUGGGCUGAUAACCUCUGGACCCACCAGAAGAGGUCCAGCUUCCUAAUUCAGCCAGAAGGGGCCUGGCCCUCAACAGAGCGAAGUGUUGAUGGCUCCUGGAAAGAAUUGUACAUUGAUGGUUCCAGGACACAGCCUCACACUGGUGGCUCCCAAAUACAACAGGAUACUGAAACAGCCUGGAAACAGCUUGGCACUGAUGGUUUCUCAAUACAACAAGCUACUGAUGGCUCCUGGCCACAACCUGGCACUGAUGGUGCACAGACACAAGAUACUCAUGGAUCCCAGACAGAGCCUGGGACAGACUGCCUUUUGGGGGAGCCCAACCAAGAUGGCCCAUUAAUGGAACCAGAACUUGGGGAGUUGGUGACUCACCUGUACUCUCACUUGGAGUAUAACUCCCUGACCCCUGUGCCCCGCCUCAUCAUCACUCCUGAGACCCCUGAGCCUGAGGCUCAACCAGUGGGACCCCCCUCCCGGGUUGAGUUGGGCAGUGGCGGCUUCUCCUCUGCCUCCUCUUUCGACGAGUCUGAGGAUGACGUGGUUGCCGGGGGUGGAGGUGCCAGCGACCCUGAGGACAGGUCUGGGAACAAACCGUGGAAGAAGCUGAAGACAGUUCUGAAGUAUUCGCCGUUUGUGGUCUCCUUCCGAAAACACUACCCUUGGGUCCAGCUAUCUGGACAUGCUGGGAACUUCCAGGCAGGAGAAGAUGGCCGGAUUCUAAAGCGUUUCUGUCAGUGUGAGCAGCGUAGCCUGGAGCAGCUGAUGAGCGACCCCCUGCAGCCUUUCGUGCCAACUUACUAUGGCGUGGUACAAAAGGAUGGCCAGACCUUCAACCAGAUGGAAGAUCUCCUGGCAGACUUUGAGGGCCCUUCCAUCAUGGACUGCAAGAUGGGCAGCAGGACCUACCUGGAAGAGGAGCUGGUGAAGGCGCGAGAACGGCCCCGCCCCCGGAAGGACAUGUAUGAGAAGAUGGUGGCUGUGGACCCUGGGGCCCCCACCCCCGAGGAGCAUGCCCAGGGUGCAGUCACCAAGCCCCGCUAUAUGCAGUGGAGGGAGACUGUGAGCUCAACCUCCACCCUGGGCUUCCGGAUUGAGGGCAUCAAGAAAGCCGAUGGGACCUGCAACACUAACUUUAAGAAGACACAGGAGCUGGAGCAGGUGACAAAGGUUUUGGAGGACUUUGUGGACGGGAACCGUGGAAUACUGAGAAAGUACGUGGUACGCCUAGAAGAACUUCGUGAAGCUCUGGAGAACUCUCCCUUCUUCAAGACCCACGAGGUGGUGGGCAGCUCCCUCCUCUUUGUGCACGACCACACUGGCCUGGCCAAGGUUUGGAUGAUUGACUUCGGCAAGACAGUGGCCCUGCCUGACCACCAGACACUCAGCCACCGGCUGCCCUGGGCUGAGGGCAACCGUGAGGAUGGCUACCUUUGGGGCCUGGACAACAUGAUCCGCCUUCUUCACGGGCUGGCCCAGAGUUGACCCACUUGCCCACUGCCAGGUUUAUUUAUUGGAUGAUACCCGCCUGGCUGGAGGAGCCCUGAGGUGUGUGGGGGCCUAAGGUUGGCCAUGGAGCCACUGACCUCCAGGACAGGAGGUUGUAUUGUACAUCAUGCAAGACCAGUGUGGAAGACCUGAAGGGCUUUGGAGACCAGGUCGCACCUGGCCCUUUCAUGAUACAGGAACUGGCGAGCGGACAUGACAUGGCUGGGUCCCACUGUAUGAGUCCACCACACUGGGUCCACUGACCGGACAGGAAGGUUUCUGAGGGGCUGCUGGAAGCCACAGAUAAACCUUGCACCCUGAAAGAACACCAUCCAGAUGCUGUAGGGUACAGGCCGGACACCACGCCUAUCCGUAUGACUAAUCACUGCGUCCUUGUCAGCCUCCUUUGGCGGCCAAGCUGGCUCCUGAGGCCAGGGGCCCGUCAGCUUCAUCUGUGGUGCCCCAGGACCACACAUCAUUUGUGAACAAAUGUAGGAGGGUUUGUCUGCCUGGGAGAGUUAUGGCCCCAUCCCUUCAUCUGGGUGACGUUCAAGUGCUGACAGAGGCUCUGAGGAGGGUGAUACCAUGGGACUGGCCUGAGAACUGACGUUGGUUGGGGCCCAGUUCACCUUGCCCUGCCCACCUAUGGCCCUUUGGGAUCCUCCCUGCUCCUGGGGGAACUCUGCUGACCCCCCUGCAGACCAAAACCAUGACCACAUCGUGUGCUAGCACCGUGACCAGCACAACCUCAUUCCUCGGGCACCAUCUCAUUUUUGGGACUUCCUCCUAGCUGAGGCGGCAAGAAGGGCUUUCAGGGGCAGGGUAGCAGGCUUGGGAAUCAGAGUUGCCUGCCUUGGGUAGCUACCAUUCCACCCCAGGCCACAGGCUUAGGGUGGGUGGGGCUGCUGGUUGUGACCCCAGGCUCACAAACUGGUCCAAACCAAAGACCCCAGCACCCUGAGAUGGGGGAUGCCCCUCAUCCGUCUCCUCCUGCACCUGUAGCCUAGCUUCCUGGCUUCCACAUGGCUGGGCUAGGGGAGGACAGGCACAUCUCUCUUAAGCCAAAGCUCAAACGUUGUCUUCCAGGGCUGAGGAAGCACACUCCUUUUCUACUGACCUUUAUACUUAUUUAUAUGAGGCAGGUAGUUGUUAGAUGGGGCAGCACUGGGGAACAGAAGGCAGUAUCGGUUCUACCCCCCCAUGACGACUCCCCAAUAAACAGACAUUCAAAGUCA